UCUCCAAUUAGGGAGGGCUGUCCCGGGAGCCGAGUGGCUAUCCCGCUGAGUGGCUUUGGGUGCGCUCAGAGUCCGCGCUCUCGGGGUCUCCGCUGGCCGCCGUCGGGCGCGGGGGCACCAAGGCAUCUGGACGGCUGAGGACCGGCCCUGGGAGCGUACGCCGCCCGGCGCGCCCGCGGCGGCUCAGUCGCCGGUCCCCCGAGGACAGCGUGUCCGCAGCGGGGGUCCUCGGGCUGAAUGCCGGCGUUCGCCCGAGCCACCGACCCCGCCGCUGCUGGUGGCCGCUGAGCCCCGCGGCGUGGGCCCCGCGCUCUCCAGCCUGCCCCUGCCCCGUGGACCGCGGCGCUCCCUCGGGGCUCGGAUACCAUGCUCCCCAGGCUCUUCAGCAUGCGCGUCUGGGCGCCCGUGGGCGUCCUGACCUCGCUGGCCUAUUGCCUUCACCAGCGCAAGGUGGCCCAGGCCGAGCUGCGCGCCGAUCGGGGGCCGCCCGUCGCUGACCCCAAGCAGCUGCAGCUGAAGAUGGUGCAGGUGGUGUUCCGCCACGGAGCGCGGACCCCCCUCAAGCAGCUCCCGCCGGAGCAGCAGGUAGAGUGGGACCCCACUCUGUUGGAGAUCCCUGCUCAAACUCUGUUUGAUUACGUGGUAACUAAUCUUGAUGGUGGACCAAGACCUCCCUCUCCUUAUGACAGUCAGUACGAACAGACCAAAUUGAAGGGUGGCGUGUUUGCAGGACAGCUGACCAAGGUGGGAAUGCAGCAAAUGUUUGCCCUGGGAGAGAGGCUGAGAAGGAACUACGUAGAAGAUGUUCACUUUCUCUCCCCAACGUUCAAGCCAUUGGAGGUCACUGUUCGAUCUACUAAUAUAUUUCGGAAUCUGGAGUCUACCCGGUGUUUGCUCGCUGGACUUUUCCAACGCCAGAAAGAAGGACCAGUCGUCAUCCUCACUGAUGAAGCCAACUCUGAAAUCCUGUACCCCAACUACCAGAACUGCCACUCCCUGAGACAGAUGGUCAGGGUCAGGAGGCUGACGGCCUCCAUGCAGCCGGGCAUCUCGGAGGAUUUGAAAAAGGUACAGGAAGAGAUGGGCAUAGACAGGAGCAAAGAUGUGGACUUCUUCCUUCUCUUAGACAAUGCGUUAGCAGAGAAGGUUCACGGGCUCCCCAGUUGCCCCAUGCUAAAGAAAUUCACACAGAUGAUUGAGCAGAGAGCUGUUGACACAGCCCUCUACAUCCUGGGGAGCAGAGACAGGGAAGGACUUCAGAUGUCAGUCGGCCCCAUCCUCUACACCCUACAGAACAACAUGCUACAAGUGGUGAACCCAUCUACUCCACCCAGAAACACCAGAAAGCUCUAUCUCUACGCCACCCAUGACGUAACCCUCAUGCCCCUCCUGAUGACCCUGGGGAUCUUUGACCACAAGUGGCCCCCCUAUGCUGCAGACCUGACCAUGGAACUCUACCAGCACCAGGAGUCCAAGAAUUGGUUUGUUCGACUCUCUUACAAUGGCAAGGAACAAGUGGUGAAAGGGUGUGCAGCAGGGUUCUGUCCCCUGGAAGAGUUUUUGAAUGCACUGUCACCUUACACUGUGAGCCCAGAAGAAUACACCACACUCUGCUCACAGCCAGCAAAUGUAGGCAUUGGAAAUGACAAGUGAUCAGAUGGUACACCUGUGGGAGGCUGAUUUUUAAAUAAAGACCUGUUUGCAUAAACA